CAAAAAUGGUAGAUACAGUAAUCCUCAAAAGAGCCUCAUCAAUCUGGACCCUAUGGCUGCUCCAUCAAGGGUGGAGACUUCGGCCAUCUCAAGCACGAUUGUAAACUGCUUCUGAUCCAGGACUAACUGCCACUAGUUUAAUCGCCCAACUCCCCAGUCCGGCGCUAACUCGCGCACGUCUCUAACGGAGCCGCAAUCCGCCGCUGCCUGCGUGAGCUUGGUCCUUCAAAAAGGCACCGCCCCCUCCUCCUCCCACUUUCCAUCAAUCUCACUCUCGUUUCAUCUCACUCCCUCGUCUUUUUCCAUCCAUUUCAUCUAUUCCAUCUGAUUUCAUCUCUAUAUCAUCCACCCGUUUCCCCAUCAUGUCCUCCAUCGCGGGACAUCUCGUCCGUCGGGGUACCGAGCUUGCCUCGGCCCACUUCAAGGACCCCGAGAAGAAGCCCGAGCAGAUCUCGGGCGCUCUCGCUGCCGGGUUGGCCCUGACCGUCUUGAUCUUCAGCUUUGCCAUGUGGGCAGUCGAAUAUACGUAUGGUCAAGUCGUAGCCACUCUUGCCGCCGUCGAGGCCUCCAACCCGGAUGUCUACGUCCGCAUCGAUAACCCCCCCGAGGAGGACCCAACCAAGCCUUUCGACCCCAACGAGCCCGAGCAUGCCGCCCUCGCUCCUUCUCCCCAACCCGUCACCAGCAAGCUGCGCACCACCAUCAGGCACCUGCGUGCCCGCGCAGGCUUCUGGUCCCGUUUCCGGGGCCUCUCCAUGUACCUGAGCUAUGGGCUGGCCCGUGGCAUCAUCUCCGGGUUCAUGCCUCUCCCCGCCGGCUCCUUCAUCAGCCAGUUCUUCGUGCAGUCGAUCGUCAGCGUCCUGCUGGCUACCUGGCAGAUGGCCUGGGUGCACAUUGUCAUCUCCGAGCCUUCCCCCAAGCGCUUCUACCAGCGCAUUCCCAGCUUCCGCACCUGGAUUAAGAUUGCCCCCGCCGCUGCCCUGGAGGAUAUCCUGACUGCGGCUGCGUUCUUCUUCCCCAUGGCCAUUGCCAGCUUUGCCGGCUGGAUCGAGUUCGACGACAGCAACGAGAGCUCGAUGGUGGUGAUGUGCCGCUACCUGAUGGUGAUGGGGUUCCCUGCCUUGCUCGCCUUCGUGGUCUCCAUCCCCGCUCGCGUGAUUUUCAUCCGCGUUGCCGCCUCGAUGCUGCCCGAAGAGGACGAGACCAUCGUGCCCUUUGACCGCUCCUUUGGCGGCAAGGUUCAGCCCCAGAUUGUCGGUGGUAGCGGCCACAUUGGUCUGCUGGAUGCCUGGACCACCUUUGACUGGGCCGCUCGUGUUCGCUUCGCCAAGGUCAUGGGUAAGACGAUUGCGAUCGAGGUUGCCCUGGGCCUGUUGGCCGGUAUUCUGUUGUUCGUCCAGAUCUUUACCAUGGCUCCCAACGCUGUCCGCCAGGGUGAUGGCUCUGCCAAGCCUUCCACCGCUUAAAUAAAUGAGGACCUGUCGUUCGGGCCAUUCUUGUUCCAUGGUGGGCCCCAUAGUAUCGAGGACUGCCCUUCUGGAACCAUUUAUCUACCUUACGAUUACACUCUCUCCUGAUGCUCUAUCUGUUUUCAUUUCUUCUACUGCAUUUAUAUUUCCCAGCGCAUGAAAAUCCUAUCCUAUGCUGGGAUGUUGGAAUAUCUAUCGUUCUAGUCCUGUAGAUCUAGAGACGGAGUUAUGACUACUGUAAUGUACUCGAACUACCGUUCUUCCAACCCUACUCAACGUCUUUAAAUUCAGAAACCGACAAGAUAACCGUUGAAACCGCUUCAGAUUCACCCUCAAUAGCAUCAAAAGUAAAACAUG